AUGGAUCAAGUAUUAUCAUACAAUGAUGAUGAACACAUCGAAAGUCGAUUGAUGAAAUCACAAUGUCUCGAGUUGGCAUAUCAGGAAGCACUUCAAAAUACCGAAUUAAUCGUAAAAGAUGAAGCAAGUAGGCGAUUGAGAUUACAGAUCCUCUUAUUGGAGAAUGAGGCGGAUGAAUUACAACUUCAACUGGCAACCGGGGAUGAUCGAAUUGAUGGAUUAGAAGAAGAGAACGAAGAUUUAAGAGCACAACUUGACCAGGCUCAAGAAGAUGUUAAGAAGGUGGAAACAGAUUUAAGACUUCAAACACGAGAACUCAAUAACACCAAGACGGAGCUGGAAUCUAUGAGUGGAUUAACGAUGGACUCGACAAAGGUUCUUACCGAAAAACUGGCACUCAGCCGCGAGUUAUCUAUACUCAAACCAGAGUUGGAGCAUUUACGUUCUCAAGUGGCACAUCAACAAUCGAUCCUAGCAGAGAAGUUGGCACUUCAGCGGCAAGUUAGCACUUUAGAGGCGGAAUUAGAGACAGAGCGUCGAGCCUUGAACCGUGCCACCGAGAAGAACAAUGACCAUUCAAGGGAAACGGACCUCCAACAGAAAAUCGAGGCUUUGCAGAAAGACCUUUCCGAAGAGAAGCGAGAGAGGGAAAAGGCCAAGAAAGAAAUGACAAAAGAAGCAUCUACUGCCCAAAAAGAAUUCGCACAAGAGAAACGUGAAAUCGAGAAGAGCCACAAGCUUUCAGAAAAGGAAACGGAGGCUCUCCGAAAGGAAUUAGAGCUUCUGAAGCGUAACAGUGAGAAUGCACAAAAGGCUGGGGAGAAGGAGAUAGAGGCUCUUCGAAAUGAAAUAGAGCUAUUGAAGAACAGCAACGACAAGGGACAGAAAUCUGGGGAUAAGGAAAUUGAAGUUCUUCGAAAGGAGUUUGCGUCUACGAAACGAGAUAUCGAAAAAGCACACAAACAUACCCAAAAGGAGUUGGCCGCUUCUCAAGCUCAGGUGGAAAAUUUGGAAGGAGAAAUCGAACAGCUUCGCGAUAAUGAGAAAGGACAGGAAGGUGGGGAGAAGGAAAUCGAGAUUCUCAGAAAAGAAUUCGCCCAUACGAAACGAGACAUCGAAAAAGCUCACAAGGAAACACAGAAGGAGUUGGCUGCUUCUCAGGUUUUAAUUGGAUCCUUGGAGAGCAAGGUUGAGCAGCUCCGCACAAAAAUGCGAGCCGCAAGAGAACAGUUGAAAGAAUGUCAGGCCGAAUUGAAUGAGGCACGCAACGCAGCAUUGAAACUCCCCGCUAUCACGAGUCGAGAGAGUGUUCCAGUGAAAGAUUCUCGCAAGAGAUCCGCCAGGGAGAUGAGCAUGGAUAUUACUAUCGGGACACCAGAUGGAAUUGCGGGGCGCGGAAAGCGAGCUGGAGCGAAUAGAGGUAGAGUUGAUCAAACAAUUUUGGGAGAAAAGUCAACAUUUUCCAUUACACCCUAUCUGAACAAGACAAUCAACAUGGCUCCAGAUACACCAGAAGAUGGACAAUCACCUGAGGAUAAGGCUGAAAAAGUAGCGGAGCGAGAGAAAUCCACCGAGGAGGACCAUAUUAUCGAAGAAGAAGAGGAAACACCUGAAUUACCUGCACAGCAAGUCAAGCCCAGGCUUAAGGCAAGAAAGAAGCUGGCCGAUAAUUCUGGUGACGAGAAAAAUGUGUUGGUCGAGGCAAAGGCUGGUACCAAGAAUAAGAAAUCUGUAACCCAGAAACUCAAGGAAUCUCGUACGCUUGGAAAGGUUGCAGAGGAAGAGGACAGGGGCGAAGAUGAACAGCCUAAGAAACCUACAGCCCGAAAAAUCAAAGCACGACCUAUGCUAGAAAAUGUUGCGGAAGAAGAGGACGUGGACGAAAAUGAGCAGCCCGAAGAACCAGAAAAUUCAGAAGGAGGGACUAAACAACCUGUGAAAGCUAAGAUCAAGUCUAUUGAAGAGCCUGAACUAAAGAAGAAGAAACGUAAAGUUCUCGGGGGUGUCAGUAAGACACUAUUCGAUGACGAGGAUGUUGAGGCUCCUAAGAAACCAGCAAAGAUUGCACUUGGACCAGCGAGGGGGCUUGGUAAAGGCGGUCUUGCUGGACCAAGGGGAGGAUUGAAGGGUGGUCUUGCGGCUGGUGGUGGAUUUGGAGCAUUCUCGCCUUUGAAAAAGGAUCGUAGGGGUGCCGGAGCAAGUUUCUUAGCAUAA